AUGGUGGUUUUCUGGGUCCAAGCCGAGAACCGUAAGGACAAGAAUGGCAAGCGCGAGUUCGAGCCGUCGAUGUACGAGGAGAUCGAGAAGUUCUGCAUCUUGGACAUCGAUCCGGAGACUAUCACGUGGAGGCGAGUUACCGACUGCAGUGACAAGUACCUUCGCAAGGUCGACAUCGGCCUGAGCCCUUCGGAGUUCUCCAAGAAGAAGGGAGAGCAGAUGAAGCGCACGGCCUCCUAUGGCAUCACCGUCAGCUCCGAGAUCAUGGCCAUCCUGGCCCUGGCCACGGACCUGAAGGACCUGCGAACGCGCCUGGGGAAGAUGAUCUGCUGCUACUCGAACAAGGGGGAGCCGAUCACAGCUGAUGACUUUGGCAUCACAGGUGCUUUGGCAGUGCUGAUGAUGGACGCGCUCCCGCCGAACACCAUGCAGACCUUGGAGGGAACGCCAGCCCUCGUCCACGCGGGCCCCUUCGCGAACAUCGCCCACGGCAAUUCUUCUAUCAUCUCGGAUCUCAUUGGCCUCAAGCUCGUUGGAAGCGAUGGCUACGUGCUCACUGAGGCUGGGUUUGGAUCCGACAUGGGGGGUGAGAAGUUCUUCAACAUCAAGUGCUACUACAGCGGGCUGAAGCCGGAUUGCGCCGUCAUCGUCUGCAGCGUCCGGGCGCUGAAGCUUCACAGCUGUGAGGCUCCCAAAAUCGUCGCCGGGCAGACGCCCGCCAAGGAGUACCGGGAGGAGAACUUGGAUCUUGUCGAGAAGGGCUGCGCCAACCUCGUCGCACACAUCCAGAAUGUGCGGAAGCACGGCGUGAAGGCCGUUGUGGCCAUCAACCGCUUCGGCACCGAUACCGAUGCCGAGUUGGCAGUGGUGAAGAAGGUUGCCCAGGAGAAUGGCGCUUUUGCCACGGUGGUGGCCGAGCACCACGCCAAGGGCGGCGCGGGCGCCACGGAUCUGGGCGAGGCCGUGAUGGCCGCCU